AUCGAAACCAUUGUGGACAAAACAGACACAGAAGCUCCUUCAACACAACUACUACAAGCUGGUCCAAAUUUGUUCCACUAGGGUUUUUGCUUUUGGAACCUAUCCAUUAUUAAAGAUAUUCUUUUUUUCUAAAAAAAGAGAAUAUUCUUCCUUCCACUUUCAAUCAAGCAGAUCCGUCCUCCUGCUGAUCAUAAUAAAUAAAAAGGCCAACAAUCCAUCCCCCUUCUCUCAACUUUCCUUUCCUUUUCCUUUUUACUUAAUAUUUACUGUUUUGGUUUGUCAAGAUGGGAAGAGGAAAGUUCAAGGGAAAGCCUACCGGUCACCGCCAGUUCUCUACCCCCGAACAGAUGCUUGCUGGCACCUCAACACGUCCUCGAACGUUUAAACGAGAGGAAGCUGAGUAUGAAGAGGAAAAACAGGAAGAGGAAUCUGAAGAGGAAUCCGAAGAUGAUUCUGAUCAAAAGCGGAAAGGAACUCAAGGUAUUAUUCAGAUUGAAAAUCCUAAUAUGGUGAAAGCAAAGAAUUUGAAAGCUAAAGAUGUUGAUAUGGGGAAAACAACAGAGCUUUCAAGGCGUGAAAGGGAGGAGAUAGAGAAACAAAGGGCUCAUGAGCGAUAUAUGAGGCUGCAAGAACAAGGGAAAACAGAUCAAGCUAGGAAAGACUUAGAACGUUUAAGUCUCAUACGCCAGCAAAGGGUAGAAGCUGCUAGAAAGCGAGAAGAAGAAAAGGCUGCCAGGGAGCAGAAGAAAGCAGAAACUCGGAAAUAACCUUUCGAGGAAUUUAUCAACAAUUAGUGCCCCCCAUAAUAUGGUAGAAAGAACUUGCUAGUCGGUUUAUAAUUUGUCCUUUGUGUGCCGACAAAAAUUUCUUGUCUGAGUUUCUCAGUAGACCAUGUUAUAAUGUCUUUGAGAUGCUUUUUAGAAGGUUGAACUUAAUUUGUACACGUAAUAUUUUGUAUUGUAUUUGAACACUUACGAUGAGCAUUCGAUGCUAUUCUAUUUUGAACUCCAGUUUUUCAACCAUAAAUUAAA